GGAGUUUGAAGCUCCUCCGGCAUCGAGGUCUGAGCCGAGAAGUCCAUGGGUUUUCGACACUCAUUUCACGCUCCUCCUUCUUGCCGGAUCGCUCAAUGCUCUAGGGCUGUGGUUUCCUUCCUACUAUGUGCAAAUCUUCGCACAGACACAUGGUAUCUCCGAACACCUCAGCUUUUACAGUCUCGCGGUCAUGACAUUGCGAACGCAGUGGGCCGUAUAUUCCCGAAUUGGCUCGGCGACCGUUGGGGGACUCUGGAGGUGUACACGCCAGCGCUGCUGUUUACAGCCGCUUUGCAGUUUGCUCUCCUGGGAUGUUCCACUCCGCAUGGGCUAGUGCUCUUCACUAUAUUCUACGGUUUCUUCUCUGGGGCAGCUGUCUCACUUUAUCUCCCGGCUGUCACAGCUUUCUGUCCCAAGGACACUCAGCUAGGGAGAUAUCUCGGCAUAUCGCUGCUACCUGUUGGCAUCACGACUCUGGUUGGUACGCCCAUCGCGAGUGCUCUGAUGGGAGACAAUCGCAUCUGGUGGAAAGGCAUUCUGUUCUCCACGGUAACACAACUC